UUUUUUAAUAGCUGAAAAUGUUCUGUCUUUCAGAUAAUACCAUCCAGUCAAUUUUCUGUUGCUGUUGCUCGGUUCAGAAGAGCACCAGACAAAUGAGAACACAAAUCAACCUGAACAAUGAUGGGAACUCAAGUGAAGAAUACAAGUGGUACUCAAAGCCUCUGCCGUAUGACUCCACUCAUAAGAACAGAUCAAACAGGGAACAUGUUCAGCUAUCCAAAAGAAGACCCUUGCCACCCCUCCCACAAGGGGAAGGUCAUGGGGAGAAGAUCCGAGUGAUAGCGCUCUAUGACUUCCUUCCCAGGGAAUCCUGCAAUUUAGCAUUAAAGAGAGCAGAAGAGUACCUGGUAUUAGAGAAGUACAACGCUCAUUGGUGGAGGGCAAGAGAUCAAUCGGGGAAAGAAGGAUUAAUCCCUAGCAACUAUGUGACAGAAUACAAAUUGACUAAUUUAGAAAUAUAUGAGUGGUAUCACAAAGAUGUUACUAGGAAUCAGGCAGAAGAUCUAUUGAGACAAGAGUCCAAAGAAGGUGCAUUUAUUGUCAGAGAUUCCAGACGUUUGGGAGCUUACACCAUCUCUGUGUACUCAAGAAAUAGGAGUAAUGUGGUACCCAUCAAGCAUUAUCAGAUUAAAAAUCAUGAUUCAGGGCAGUGCUUUGUGACUGAAAGACAUCUUUUCUCAUCAAUACCAGAACUGAUUCAAUAUCAUCAGCACAAUGCAGCAGGGCUUAUUACCCGUCUCCGGUACCCAGUUGGCUCCAUGGGAAAGUGCUUGCCAGCAACAGCUGGUUUUAGCUAUGAGAAAUGGAAGAUUGAUCAAUCUGAGUUGACUUUUAUAAAGGAGGUUGGGAAAGGCCAGUUUGGUGUGGUCCAUUUAGGUAAAUGGAAAUCCCAAGUCCUAGUUGCUAUUAAGGCCAUCAAUGAAGGAGCCAUGUCAGAAGAUGACUUCAUUGAAGAAGCUAAAGUGAUGAUGAAAUUAUCUCAUCCAAGACUAGUACAACUUUAUGGAGUAUGCAUCCAACAGAAGCCACUCUACAUAGUAACCGAGUUCAUGGAAAAUGGUUCUCUGCUUCAUUAUCUCAGACAGAGACAAGGAAGACUUAGGAGAGAGGUGCUACUGAGCAUAUGCCAGGAUGUAUGUGAAGGGAUGGAGUACCUGGAAAGGAAUAACUUCAUUCACAGGGAUUUAGCUGCCAGAAAUUGUUUGGUGAGCGCCACAUUCGUAGUAAAAAUUUCAGACUUUGGAAUGACAAGGUAUGUUUUGAAUGAUGAAUAUAUCAGCUCUUCAGGUGCCAAGUUCCCAGUUAAGUGGUCAGCCCCGGAAGUCUUUCACUUCAACAAAUACAGCAGCAAAUCUGAUGUCUGGUCCUUUGGAAUUCUGAUGUGGGAGGUUUUUACUGAGGGCAAGAUGCCUUUUGCAAAGGAGUCCAACUUACAAGUUAUAGAAGCGAUUUCCAAAGGCUUCCGGCUCUAUCGUCCGCUCCUGGCUCCAAUGAUUGUGUAUGAAGUCAUGUACAGCUGUUGGCAUGAGAAACCUGAGGGCCGCCCUACUUUUGCUGAAUUGACUCAGACACUCACAGAUAUAGCAGAGACUGGGUGACUCGAGAUGGAACUUCAAAGAUCCCAACGCUGGUGUCUUUCUUGCCCAGUUGUCAGGAAAGGAAAUUCCUUUUUUGGUGAUUGAUAACGAUCUUCUUUAGAAAGCUGCUGCUGAUGGAUGACCUUUGUACCUUGGGAAGAUGUAUGAAGCUUUUAACUUAUUUUAUAUCUUUGACCCUGAGUUUCUCCAGUGACUUAUUGUCUUCACAUGAGCGUGAUCAUCAGCAAGUGGGACCCAACAUUUCUUUGUGGUGAGCUGGGGGAGCUCUGGGGAAUCUGACCUAAAACCCCACUUUUCCCUGAGUUUUAUAUUAUGAAAAUGUGAUGGCUUUUUGGUCAAAGCCACAGAAUAAAAUGGCUGGGAGGAGGAGCCUGACCCUCCCGAUGUGUGGAUUUAUGCAGAUUCCCAAGUAUUUCCAUCUGUCAAGAUUUUGAUUCCUAAAGGGGUUUGUUGGAAAGAGAAGAUGAUACAAAAGAAUUAAUCUUGCCAAGCUGUAAGGAAGCAUGAUUUAGAGUUGUGUAAUAGAGGGGUUUGACCUGCCACGGAGCCCCUUACCCUCUCUUCAGGGCGAGAAAGAUUGUUGAGAGCUAAGUGGAUACACUGGUAGAUGUGACCUUCUCUCCUUAUUUUGCUCCUUCCUCAACUUUGUGAAAGAGCAUUUUUCUUUGCCCUAUUUUCCACUGACCAGCCAAGCCAGCCCUACUAGCUGCAACUCUCAUGCUGCUGACAAUCCAAAUGAACUGUUUUCUGAAUGAUAUUUCACUUUCAGUUCUCAUCAGUGUAUAUAAAUAGGGAGGGGGAGAGGAGAGAAUGACGACUGCCAAUCCUAAUUUGUGCCAUUAAUGAUAAGAGAGUGAAGAGAAGAAAAAGAGAAUUUUUGUACUUUUAAAAAAAGAGUCCAGAGACUCUUCUUUUUCAGUAUGAACUUGGAUAGGGAGUAUCUUCUCCCUAGGAAUAAGUAUAUCAUCCCUAAACCAGUGAUGUGCUGGUAAAUGUUUAACAACUGACUUUAUAGAGGGAAAAAUGUACUCAAGACAAAUUUUUAAGUUUCACCUGCAUUAUUAACAUUUUCAGUGUCACUUUCUUAAGUGUUGAUGACUAUCAAAACAAUAAAUCAAUGCCUGAUAUAUAACAUCUGCUGAUUUCCGAGGUUUAUAUAAUUCCUAAAAAUUUAACAAUCAGCUCUUGUGAGACAUAGGUUCUGGACCAGCACGGCAUUGCCCUAGAUCCAUGAAUGCAGAGAAACAUGAGGGGGAAAAAAAGGGCUGGAGCUGGGGGUCAGAGAUAGGGAGUCAUAGGCUCCUAGACUUAGAGCUGAAAGAGAUUGCUAAAGGUCACUUAAUGAUGCUCAUUUUACAAAUGGGAGUGGAAGCCUGAGAAAGGAGUAUCAGCCUAAAGUGACAGAUUAGUAAAGCUGGGAUUUGAACAGUGAUUCCAAAUCCAUCCUUCUUUCCAGUAUUCCAUCCUAUAUCAAAAUGGGUUUUUCUCCAACAUUAUCAAAGCUUAUUAACAGGGUCUCUCAGAGAGGUUAAUUGGACCACCUAAAAGUGCACAGCUAAUAAACACAUGAGUCAGGAUUUGCAUAAUGCUCUAACCAUUACAUCAUGCUACCUCUCUUGUGAUGUUCAAGUUCCAUCUGAACCAUGGGAGUUUAGCUUAAACUGUAAUCAUUGCAGUGUAUUAAAAUUAAUACACAAAUAAGGCCAUCUAUCUUUAAAAUUACCUUCAUUAGAAAAACCCCUAGUUAUUUUCGGGGGAUAGUUGCUGCUCAUUUCAUAAUGGGAGUGAAAAACAUCAUCAAAAUUCUACAGCAAGGCUUUUAAAAAUUCUUUAUCUUGUGUUAAGCCAAGUGUUUGAGGAACAGUCGGUGUUAUCACACUUAUUUCCUCAUUCGAGAUUUUUAUAUAUGAAUGGCAAAUGAUUUCUAGGUAUGUUGAAUGCUUUAAAAGUCAAAGUGAGGCUGGUGACUUUGCCCAAAUCUCCCUCCCUCAAAUCUAAUUCACUUGGAUUCACUGAUAUAUCAUGGUAUCACCUCCCUGAUAAAAUGAUCUUCUUCAAGAGCAAAGGACAAACAACAAUAAUAAUGAGGAAGAAAGAAAUAGAGCACUACAGAAAGGGAAUGUGGAUAGAUGAGGAUGGA